AUGUUGAAGUCAGGAGUCAUUCCAUCAAAGUUUUAUUGGUUCAAGGAAGUAAAGAGACGAUCAGGACUUGCUAUAAACAGACAACAGUUGGAGACACACAUACCAGAGACAGCAGACAAUGCUAUAGAGGAUCCAAUGGAGGUGGAAUCUGAUGCUGAUUGUGUUGAAACUUCAGAUGACACAAAACAACUUGAGGAUGACAAAGUCAGUGAACUACAGGACAUGUUGAAGAGAUGUAAAACAGUGAGUCGUAAAAUUCUAACAUGGCUGAAUUACUUGUACUUUGUUUUGGGAAGCAUUCCACUGUGGCUUUCAAGGCAACAAAUAGACUAUCUGACGCCUGAAGAUUUCAAGCCGAAGUAUUCUUCAACCCGAGUUGUCUUGGACUGUACAGAAAUCACAUGUCAAGUCCCUUCAUCAAUGGUAUUGAAUAGCCAAGCGUAUUCAAAUAACAAGGACAGAACACCUUUCAAAUCUCUGAUUGGCGUAGCCCCACAUGGUGCAAUGACUUUCUUAUCCCCCUUAUACACAGGAUGCAUGUCAGACAAUGAAAUUGUGAAAUUAUGUGGUAUUAGGGAUUCACUUGAGGAAGGAGACAGUGUCAUGGCAGAUAAAGGUUUUCAACUUGGAAGAUAUUUUGCAGAGAAGAACAUCGGUCUCAACAUGCCGCUAUUUUUCUCAACAAGUAAUAAUGGACAAUUCACACCUGAACAGGUGGAACUGAAUGAGGAAAUUGCUAGUCUGCGUGUGCAUGUGGAACGGUUCAACAGACGUGUGAAGGAAAAUCACAUAUUUGACAAUGAUAUACCAAUGUCAAUGGUUGGUUCUAUGAUUCAAUUGUGGUCAGUUGCAUGUAUUCUUGCCAAUUUUCAGGGACCAUUAAUAGCAAAAUGAGAUAUUGCAUGCUCUGGUCAUUCCGGAUAUUCCAGACUUAAAAAUACAUGCCAUUUUGAUAGUCAACAAAUGUAAUAAUGUUAUAUUUGGGAUAACACUAUCUGCAAGAGUACCGAUUCUAAUACGAGUUCCUCCUGAGAUUCGAACCCACAUUCUCAGAGUCAGGCACUAAUCGCCAGCACUGAGUGUCCCCGACACCUUAUCCACAGUCAAUGGCAGUCAUUCAGUGCCGACAGUUACGCCUGACUCUGAGGGUGUGGGUUCGAAUCCCAGAAGGGACUUGUACUAGAAUCGGUACUCUUGCAGAUAGUGUAAUCUGAAAUAUAAGUUAUAACAUUGUUAUAUUCCAGACUUAUUAAUAAAUGACAUUGGAAAUAUCUCUUGCAAAGUGUCCUUAAAUGUCUGCAUAAUUUUGAUAUAUCCCUCAUGUCAACAGCUUUCCCCAGAAUGUCCCCUUAUCUCUGAUUAUAAUUUCACAACCAGAACAAAUGCACAUGCUAUGAAAUUGACCAAUUAGAGAUAAAGGUGCAUUCUGAGCAAUGCUAUCGACCUAAGUCUGAUCACUUUACAUCUUAGAAAGAAUUCUGUAAAACUCAUCAUGAGGGGUUUAAGAGAACCAAGUCAAAAUAUUGCAAGUGACAUAUAUACUGGACAAAAU